UCGGGGGAUGAGCUUGGACGCAAAGAAAGUUUGACUUCAUCCUUCCCAGUUGAAGCUGAUUACCAUCAUCCAUCCCCAUAUUACCCAGAGAAACUCAGCCAGCACAUAUUUACAUACAAAACAGGGAGAAUGAACAUCAACAGACUGCCGAUCACCCAUCGAUCCUGGAUCCACUUUAACCCAAGACUCUCCUUCUCCGAAUCCAGGAACAUCCAUCGCCACCUCUUCAAGCGCCAGUUCUAUUACGAGUCCGUCGAUUACAACCAGUCCCGAUUCGUCCAACCACCCUUGCCUUCUGACUCCGACCCUGCCUCGAAAAUUAGGAUGAUUCUGUUGGGUGCUCCGGGGUCGGGGAAAGGAACACAUUGUACAAAGCUGAUGGAAACGUAUGAUAUCCAGAUGAUUGGGACCGGGGACCUGCUGAGAUGGAACGUUGACAACCAGACCGAGGUGGGCAAGGUAGCUGAAGAAUACAUCUGUAAAGGUGCUCUACUGCCUGAUGACAUUAUGCUCGAGCUAGUGAAGCCGGAGAUCAAGAAAUUGAAACACAGAAAUUGGAUCCUUGAUGGGCUGCCGCGAACCCGAUCCCAGGCCAUGAAGCUCGACGAAUUCCUAGCCGAAGAGCUCGCCGACCAAUUGAACUUAGUCGUGUCCUUGGAAGUCCCUGAUGAGAUCAUUAUCAAGCGCAUCACUGGCCGGUGGAUUCAUGGGCCCACUGGAAGGGUCUACAAUACAACAUACAACCCACCAUUGAUCGAAGGGAAGGACGACUAUACAGGGGACGCGUUGACGAAGCGGAAGGACGACACGGUCGAGGUGUUUGCCCAACGGCUGAAGUCCUUCCAUCUGCAGAACCAACCCCUGCUGGAUUACUACGACCCCCAAUUCGUCGUCUCCGGCCACCAUGAGCUCCGUAAACGCAAGAAACUCGUCCAUCUCUUCGGCGAUAGUAGCGAUCAAAUCUGGCCCGAAAUGCAAAAAGUUAUCCAACAACGUUUCCCAGAUGUCAUCCCUCGUACCAAGCCAAACAAGCCCAAUCAAUCCUAAUCCGCCGCGGAAAUCGCAUUGGCAUGUCGCUCGUUUAUCGUCCAACACUCAUUCACAUUCAAGGACAGAUUUCCCCUUGGUGAAAGGCAGUUUCUAUGAUCUGGAUUUCUCUAGAUUCGUGCCGGUAACCUUGUGUCCGCCCUGAAUCUCGAGUUCCUUCUUCUGGGCCAAUAGCAAGCACUCUGAUCUUUCUCUCCCUUGCUCUUCCUAUGAGCUAUUUUCUUCCUGCUUUUCUGAUGUAUAUACUAUUUAUUUAUACUAUAAAACAUGUACUUUCCGUUCAAGUCAUCAACCAAGACCUCGUUUUCUUUCCCCUUCCCCCUCUUUAUUGGUGUGUUUGUUUGAACUGGCAUGAUUUGUUCCAGAGACAUAUGUGUCUGUCAGUCUUACAUACUAAUACAGAAACCGUCUUUCUUUUCUUUAUAUCCGUCCUUGUUAUUGUUGUACGACGCAAUUGCAUCUUUAUUUCACUUCAUUUAUUCUUUCAGGGGGGGUUUUUUUUGAGGAAGGUAUUUGUCUCCUGAGGUGCGGUCGG